UUGGCUACAUUGUAAUUCAAACGAAAAUAUUGUUUACCGUUGUAAUUUUAUGAUAAUAAAAUAUUUGAAAUUGUCAAGCGUCCACUGGGAACAAAACAUGCAAAACCGAAAUUAAAUCUUUAGCAACGCAAUAAGUUAUUAUUGACAAUAACAUAAAAUGUUCUCCCACAUAAUUUCUGAUGUCAACGUCGACUUAGAACUUUCAACAUAUAAUCUAGAUGAGUUAACUGAACUUGUAAAACAAACUGAUCAAUUACAUUUAGAAUAUGAAGAAGCGAAGACCUCAUUAGAAGAGAUAAAUAAAGAAAUAUUUCAGAAUGAGGAACAAUUUUCUAUCAUUGAAAAAGAUCGACUUAAACUCAUGUCUGAGUUAGCAGUACUAAUGCUGACGAAAUGUGAUCUAAAAAAUAAAUUAGAAGAUUUAAAAAAUGUUCAGCAAUCAAUAGAAUUUGAUUUGAAAAAAUACAACAAAAUGAAAUUAAGUACUGCUGAUGUAGAAUUGUUAGCUCUUACAAAGAAAAAAUUUAUAAUUUAUAAAAAGAUGUUGAAAAUAAAUUUUGAUUUUUCCAAUGGUGCAAAUACAGUAAUACACAAGGGGUAUAUGUAUAACAACAUUGAAAAGAAAUUAGUAUACUUUGAUUUUAAUACUAAUGAAAAAACCAUCGAUGAAAUUUCAGGAAUUUUAUGGAAAAAAAUGAAGAUGAUUUCCAAUAAAAGUUGGAAAUAUUUUGAUGUAUAACUUUUCAUAUUUGUAAUUGCUAUUUGUUUUUAUAGCGUUGAUGUGUAUAUAUACAUAUUAAGGUGAUUUUUUAACUGUCUUUGGACUAUAUUUUUUUAUUUUGUCAAACUUAAAUAUAUUUGAAAAAUAUAUUUAUUUUUUUUUUAUUAUUAACAUUUGACUAUUAGUAUAGUUAUAUGACAAAUUAACUUUUAAAAUUAAGGUUAAUAUACAAUAUUAUAUAUCUGAUAUAUAAGAUUCUGUAUAUAGAAGGAAAAGAA